CACUUCAGGCGCAAUGAAGCAGCUCCACAAAGUUAAAACACCAAACACACUUCCACUUACUUCAGAACUGCUCAAAACAUCACGCUUUACUUACCACACGUCAAGCUGAUUUCGACUUCAACCGAAUUCUUUCUGAACUCCUGUGGCUUUUUCUCUCAGGCCAAAGCUGUAGCUGUGUGUUAACGCGCGCGAGCCGGAGUGUGAGGUCCCAGGCCCCAGGUGGAGAUGCUCGUGUUGAACGUUACCACGUGACCGCUGAGCUGCGAGACACGGUGUCGCUGACCUUGUAACCAUGGACGUACCACGUCAAGUCCAAGGCACCCCGCGUCUUCACUACAGACUCAACGGCUGCCAGCAACCUAAAGAUGAUGGCUUACAGUUUCUUAGUGUGGAGGAAAAGGAGUGUAUACAGUUCUUUGAGGAGACUAUAGACUCACUGGAGGAGGGUUUUGAUGACACCACAGGAUUGACCUUACGAAGAACCGCUCCUGCUGAGAACCUUCAGACUCCAUCUCGUUCAUCGUUAAGUCCUGCCCUUGCUGCAAAUGUUUCCCCCAGCCUAAUGGAGCAUGACAUCAUUGACUUGGUGCAUUCUCCAACUAACUUCACUAUGCCAGAUUUUCAGAACCUUGCUGUAACACCAGAGUUUCAUUAUGAAAUCCUACCAAAAAAAGACCCUAAUGAGAGUGUUGUCCCAUCCUCGACUGCAAGCUGUAAUGAUUAUGAGGAGAACAACCACCAGCCUCCUCCAGGAUCCGUUCCCACACCCGUUGUCAUAGCCAGCAAGAUCGCCGAGCACCAGGGCACUGGCGGAAUCACUCCAUCCACACUAUUAAGCCACAGACGCAGCCUAGAAUCCAAACGUGAGCAUCCAGUGUCUGCUAGGAACUCCCGUCUUCCCAGCAAAAUCAGCAUGACUCGGAGCACACGAGACACCAGCCCUCACUCAAUUGCCACGGCAGCUGUCAACAUUCAGGAGCGCCGCUCACAGAUGAUUGCUAACCUGCCUGUUGGCAGCCACCCACUAGAGGGGGGAGAACCUUCCUGCAUCCGCAACUUGCCCAUACGCAGUGUGUCAUUCAAAGAUAUGGCACCUGAGAGAUCCAGGAUGGAGGCAUUGUCCAAGCUUGGGCUAACAGGGGGCAAAACAUCUAAUUCAACAACCAACUAUGUUAUUACAGGGAGCAGCACCAAUAUUUCACCUAUUAGCAGCCCUAACAAAGUGAACAGCAGUGCUGAUUCACCUAUCAGCAGCCCAAACAAAGUGAACAGCAGUGCUAAUUCACUAAUCAGCAGCCCUAACAAAGUGAACAGCAGUGCUAAUUCACUAAUCAGCAGCCCUAACAAAGUGAACAGCAGUGCUAAUUCACUAAUCAGCAGCCCAAACAAAGUGAACAGCAGUGCUAAUUCACUAAUCAGCAGCCCUAACAAAGUGAACAGCAGUGCUAAUUCACAAAUCAGCAGCCCUAACAAAGUGAACAGCAGUGCUAAUUCAGCUAGUAACACUGCUAACAAAGUGAGUGUCAACACACAGGCUCAUAUUUCUAACAACAUUCAUACUUCAAGUAACAUCUUUGCCUCCAGCAGUAGCUACGAGCCAAAACCCAAGAGUGAAGUCUCUUCCAACAGCUUUAGCUAUUAUGGGGGAAAGGGAAAAUCUGCAGCGAUCUCACCUAUGAAUAAAGACACUGCCGCAAUUGUAAACCAAGAAAGAAGGUCUAGCGUCCCACCUUCAAGUGCUGAAUUGAAACAGACCGACUUUAACAGCUAUGGUGGUAAGACCACCAUUUUGAAUCCCACAAAAAGUGUCAAGGAAGAGUCUGUCCCUUCCUCCUCUACAAACAUGUCUGAGCCAGCUGAAACCCAUUUCAACAGUUACGGUGGCAGAUCAAAAGUUAUAAAUCCUUUGUUGAACACAGACGUACCACACGGGGUGAAUUGCCACUCACCAACUAAUGCUGUCACACCCACCAUGCAUCACAGUGACCCCACCAGAUCAAGACAGCCAUUCGAUCAAACCAGCUAUCAUGCUACACCCAAAGUUCCAACCCCUUUACAACCUGACCCAGUUCACCAACCUAUAGUCAGGACCAGGCCUGCAACGCUGCCUCCUCCAACAGCCCCCAGACCCCACUAUUCCACUGGAUCUGUAAGACCUCGUCCAGAUCCGGUUCCUCCAGAGAUCCUCAGUAAACCUGCACCGUCAUUCCGCGCUCAAGGCAUCACAGUACAGUUUUCCGGCAAAGGAACGACAGGAGAAGCCAGGCGAGAUGCUUUGCGCAGACUUGGACUGCUAAAGAACACUCACUAAACACAGUACCUUUGGACAUUAUUUCCUGAAACCCAUUUUAACAAAAAGUCUGAUGAACUAAAGGCUAAAAGUUUAAAGAUUAAACAGUUGUCUUUGAUAAUGGAGCUCAUCAACUGCUAUAGUAUUAUUUUCUAUUUUGAAAAUAUGUAAUCGGUUAUAGUUAUUUGAAUUAUAUCUAAUCUCAUGGAAAUUUAUUUAAGAUUGUAUAGUGCUUAAGAGCUGCUACAUCGCUAUUCAACAAACCACCAACUAUGACACAGGCUAUUAUUUAGCCAGUCUAAGGAAAAAGGCAGACCUCUUAUUGUGAUUUCUGAGACAAGUUGGACUGAUGUACAUGCAUGGCAUUUAGCCCACGUGCCAAAGUGACUUGCGCUUAUUUCAUUUAUUCAGUUGAGGAUUAAGCAUCUUGCUUGAAGGUCCAGCAGUGAUAUCUUGGCAGUGCUGGGAUUUAAUCCGUCCAGUGUGAAGUCCGGGAUCGCUGAGCUACCGCUGCCAUGGAAAUUUUCUCUACAACAAUCACUACAACAGUGGUGCAAGAACAAUACAAUGCAAGAAGGAUCACAGUGCCACAGGCCAAAUAUGGUUGUUCCCCAGCAAUCUCUGAGCACCUGAAUGGCCUCUUGGUUGACAGUAAAUUGAGCAAUGUCUAUAGACAUUGUAAUGAACAUGAGCGAAGUCUCCGCUACUGAUUUGGUAGUGGGUGAUCCACAUCUGGGCUGGACAUUUGGAUAAUACGCUAUAAAGGACCAUGUCACUGGUGAUCUUUUACCAGAUGUUAUGCAGAAACCACACCAUCCAGAUGUAACACGUUUACGCCUGUCAACUCUCAGAUGAGUUAUUUCUCACAAUCCGGCCUGUGAGUAACCUUUUAAAGACAGCAAUUUGUCAACAGUUCUCAGCAGUUUGAAGCACAAUUGAUAAACAAUGAAUUUGCAGAUUCCAGCUCCUUGUUUAGAGUUGGCUUCUUUAUGCUGUGCUCAUGUCUGCAGGAUAUUUUUAAACGGCACGGCAGCAUCUCCCACACUAAACCACAGCAAUCCAAAUGUAGCCUCUAUAGAUGAGGGUGGUGAUGGAAAAUAUAUUUUUUUUCCUCUUUUUUGGUUCUGUUUCUGUUUGGAUUGGCACACUUUUAUUCUGGACUUUUUCACUCUGAACUGAAGUCUUUAAUAUUUGCUACAGCGUUUUUGUUCAGUUUAUUCAAAGAUAUGAGUAUAUUCUGUGAUUUGUGUUGUAUAAGUAGUUUGUGUGCAUAAGUAUGUGUAAGGAAACAUCUUUGUGACAAUGCAAGUGUGUGUGCAUUUGUAGGUAUGAGUGUGUGUGUGUGUGUGUGUGUGUGUGUGUGUGUGUGUGUGUGUGUGUUAAAUGUGUUGAAUGAUGUAUGUAUGUUUUUAUUAUUUUUUUUUAUUUUAUUGUAUUUAUUUUUUAAAUACUGACUCCGGUUUUUUGUAGCAAUUCUACAAACAUAAUUGAAGGACCUAAAACACAAGGCUGUGUCUUUGCUUACAUGCACACAACACACAAACACACAAAGCAAACCAAUCUUAAUAAUCCAUUUUUCAUUUUAUUUCAGUCUUCACAAAUGGUGCCACUGCAAUAAGAAACAGAACCAUAAGCCUUGUUUUCUUUUCCCCUUUUUCCCCAUUUAAAUAACAUGUCUACUUUUGAGCUAUUUGUAUUGUCAAUUCUAAGUUAUAAAGUUACUCCUGUAUCACAGCCUGCUAUUUUUUCUGUGAAUAAAAGCAGUUUCUCACCCUCGUGA